AUUUUAAUGUGUUGUCGAACAUAUCUCCCGCCAUAGGAGCUCAAGAUACAAGAGCAAAGCCCCAAUGGCAUUUCUGCGUCGCAAACUCUUGCAAAAUGCAUAAAUUUCUCACCAUAUCAGGCCCUUGGGUCUUUUUCCGCCAAGCUGGAUUCACCUGCAAUUUAAUCCAGAAAACGAACGGUUCAAUUUGGUUCAGGAAGAAUCGUUUUCUCCCAAAUCCUCUACAAAAAGUCAAUUUUCUUUUCCAGAGAAUUACAAGAACUCAAUAUUGGCCAUUUCCCAGAUAACGCCAGAUAACGGCUUCACUUGUCCAGAAACAAUCACAACAAUUUUCUUACCCAUUCAUCUUUCCUUUCAUUUCAACCAUGGCAACUAUGGCGAAUAAUUUCAGCUCUAGCAUCCCACAAGGAGUUUCUGAUGUGCCCUCAGAGCCUAUGAGAACCUUCCAAGUGGUGGUAGCUGCAACAUCAGCAAUGGGCAUUGGAAAGGAUGGGAAGCUUCCAUGGAAACUACCUUCGGAUCUGAAGUUCUUCAAGGAAGUCACAUCUCACACUUCAGUUCCUUCAAAGAAGAAUGCCAUCAUAAUGGGACGCGGGACAUGGGAAAGUAUUCCAAACAAGAAUCAGCCUCUUCCAGGCCGCUUGAAUGUUGUGCUAAGUCGGUCAGGUAGCUUUGACAUUGCAACCAUGGAGAAUGUAGUUAUGUGCGGGAGUUUGCAUUCAGCUCUUCAGAUGCUUGCAGCUCCUCCAUAUGCUUUGUCUAUAGAGACAGUGUUUGUCAUUGGAGGUUGUCAGGUUUUUAGAGGAGCCCUCAUUGAACCUAAUUGUGAUGCAAUCCACAUCACUGAAAUAGAGACUCCAUUUGAAUGUGACACAUUCAUGCCUCCCAUAGAUAAAUCUAUAUUUCGGCCUUGGUAUUCAUUAUCACCCUCUGUGGAAAAUGAUAUUCGAUUUUCUUUCUCAACCUAUGUUCGAUUCGGAAACUCUUCUAGUAUGGACACCUUAGUGUCUUCUCAAAGCGUUGACAAUGGAUCUACAACCAAGAAUAUUUAUGAUGGGUUUGAAUCUCGGCGAUAUCAGUUUCUUCCCAAAUUCAUCUUUGAAAGACAUGAGGAGUAUUUUUAUCUUAGGUUGAUACAGGAUAUCAUUUCAAAUGGGAUUGACAAGGGAGAUCGGACAGGAACUGGCACACUGUCAAAGUUUGGUUGUCAGAUGCGCUUUAAUCUACGCAAGUGUUUUCCGCUUCUAACAACAAAGCGAGUUUUCUGGCGUGGAGUGGUUGAGGAACUACUAUGGUUCAUAAGUGGUUCAACAAAUGCAAAGGUUUUGCAAGAAAAGGGAAUACAUAUAUGGGAUGGAAAUGCAUCAAGAGAUUACCUUGAUAGCAUUGGGCUGAAAGAAAGAGAAGAAGGUGAUUUGGGACCAAUAUAUGGAUUUCAGUGGAGGCAUUUUGGAGCUAGGUAUACUGAUAUGCAUGCAGAUUACACUGGCCAAGGCUUUGAUCAACUAGCAGAUGUAAUUCAGAAGAUUAAAUUCAAUCCAGAAGAUCGCCGGAUUAUACUUUCUGCAUGGAACCCUGCAGACCUCAAACUCAUGGCUCUUCCCCCAUGCCACAUGUUUGCUCAGUUUUAUGUGGCCAAAGGGGAAUUGUCAUGUCAAAUGUACCAGCGAUCAUGUGAUAUGGGUCUUGGUGUGCCUUUCAACAUUGCGUCCUAUGCACUAUUAACAUGCAUGAUUGCUCAUGUUUGUGACCUCCUGCCUGGUGAUUUUAUCCAUGUGCUUGGAGAUGCUCAUGUAUAUAAAACUCACGUUGGCCCUCUCUUAGAACAACUUCAGAAUUCACCUAAACCAUUUCCAAUUUUGAAAAUCAACCCAGAAAAGAAGGAUAUUGAUUCUUUUGUUGCAAGCGAUAUCGAGCUUCUUGGAUAUGAUUCCCACAAGAAAAUAGACAUGAAAAUGGCUGUAUAGUUGUGAGAUUGUGAGUAGUGGUUCUUAACUCUAGAAUCAUAAUGAGGUUGAGUUUUAUGUAUUAUUCUGGAUCCAAAAUUGUGUAAUUUCCAAUACUUGACAAUGUGAGCAACAUAAUCAUUUUUUGUAAUUGCACACUUGACAAAGGAGAGGACAAAAUAGGGUUCCUUUAAGAUGCACCAAUGCCUAAAAUUGAUCAUGAAAAGAAUGAUAUGUAUGAGUUGUUGGGUUUUUCUAUUCCAUCUUUAGAAGAUGAUCUGGAACAAGAAGACAAAACAAUAAGAGUUACUUAUUUUUGAUAGCUUAGAAUGCAUGAAGUUAUAUUCAUUUAAUAUGUGAACAUA